AUGAUCUUCAGAAACAAGUCUUGGAAGGAUCGGCUGCGGCAAUAUGGAUUGCGCCUCAACACAUCAAAAACUGAGUACAUGGAGUGCGGACCAAUGAUAGAGGAUGGUUCAAUUCGUGUCGAUGGCACCGAAUUGAACAAAGUGGACUGUUUCAAGCACCAUGGAUCCAAAGUGACUUCCACUGGCGACAUUGAUCAAGAAGGUCGAGCACGUGUUAAUGCAUGGAUGAAAUGGAAAGUAGCAACAUGCGUACUGUGCGACAAGAAAGUCCCUGUUCAACUGAACUCGAAGAUCUACAGGACGGUUGUGCGUCCUGUUGCCCUUUACGGAUGUGAGUGCUGGCCGACGACGAAAGCCUUGGAAAGAGUGUUGCACGCUAUGGAGAUGCGGAUGUUAAGGUGGACGAUAGGUGUAACGCUAAAAGAGAAAGUAUCCAACGACAUUGUGCGCUCCAUCUUCGGCGUCGUCCCGAUAACUGAGAAGAUGAAGGAGGCUCGAUUGAGAUGUUUCGGUCACGUCUUGCGGCGAGAGGAAGAUUCUGUUGCCAAAACCCCACUGAAGCUCGACGUUUUAGGGGUGAGGCCGCGUGGGAGGCCAAAGAUUCGCUGGUUAGAUCGUGUGAAGCUGGAUAUGAUAGAUGCGCAUUUAUGUACGGCUGAUGCAAUGGAUAGAACCAAAUGGGAGACAAGAAGCAGAAAGGCGGACCCUGCAACAACGCGGGACAAACGCUAG